AUGCAUAUCAUCAGCUAUAUACCAGCUGAAGAAUGGCCUCGAUUAGAAACCGUUUCUCGGCAAUUUCGUUACGCUGUCGUGUCGUUGUGGUGGCAGUUGACGGAUUUCGAUAUCUCCAAGUUCUUCCAUGGUAUUCCCAAAUUUCGGCCCAACCGUGCUGUGCAGCUUAUGCAGACUUUAAGUGACCGAAACAAACGUGUUACUACGUUGCGCAACUUCAGGAUCAUCGCGCGUUGUAUUAAUCCAGCGACCUUUAAGCAAAUAUCGGCAUUCACAAAUCUCUCUACAGUAAGCUUUGCUGGAUGCAGUGUGAAUUUAUCUGCCCUUAGUCAAUUUCUGAAGGCGAAUACUCAGUUAAAAGUACUCGAUCUCAGGUGUUCCUUGUCGGUGGAGGAUCGAAAGCUGCGUUCUCAAGAGCAGUUGCUUCAAUACCAGCGAAAAAAUGAUGCUCUGCUCAAAAGUGGAUUUUCUGCUCUUGAUGGUCUUGAAGCGCUCGAUCUCAGCCGUUGUGACAAGCUUUGCGGUGAUUUAUUGACCGCAGUUGCUACUCAUCGACUGAAAGAAGUUGCCAUAGGCGGAUUUAGUUUUUCUGUUGAUUCGCUUUUCUGCUUUCUGAAAAGAUGCUCAUUGCUGGAGAUUCUUGAUCUGUCUCACUGUGGUCGGAUGCUGCCGAUCGAAUCGGUCGAUGAUAUCGAAGCUUCAGCGCACACUUUCACAAAUCUUAGAAGUUUCAUAUUGGGCGGCUGUGCUUCCAAUAAUUUAUUUUUCGUGAAACAGUACUUGAAUUGCGUUUUGUCCAGGUCCAAUAACCUCACCGAACUGCAUUUACAAGGUUGUCCUGCUGUGUCGAACAAUGUGUUCCAGAAGAUUAUCAAGUGCUGCCGCAAGUUGAGGUGUCUUCGACUUUGCGUUCGUGGUCUUUUGCCUCAGACUGUUUUGUUGAUCCAAGGACUGCCAGACUUAAGGAUACUUGUGCUGGACGGUUGUCAUUCGAUUGACUUUUUCGAUGUUAACACUGAGGUCAUCAGUGCCAUAUGUAAAAUGCAAACUUUGGAGUAUCUUAACGUUGGACUUCCUAUGGAGUACCCUAAGCUUUCGAGUUCUCUUCUUCACGCUUCUCACCUGAAAGGUCUGUGCAUUUCCGGGGCCUGUCUUUCGAACGCGUCUGUGGCUGAGGCCGUUCCUUUGCCGGAACUUAGCUUAGUUUUUCUAGAAUUGCCUUUCUGCAAUCGGCUUUCAGAUUACGGCUUGGUUUUGCUAUUACCGUCGUGUCCUCGCUUGAAAUAUAUCGAUCUUUCAGGAACUGGCAUCAGUAACACGGGAUUGAACAAGAUUCCAUUUUUUUGCAAAGGUUUGCGUGAAAUUAAAAUUGCUGGCUGUAAAAAAUUGACUUGUGCUGGCAUUGCAAUAUUCAAAAGAAAAAUGCCGGCAGUCAAGGUAAUUGAAGACCGCAGCGGCCAAUUUUCAGGCCGUAUCCAAUGUUCAACAUAUGCCUUGCUAUCUCGUCGAUUACCAAAUGCCGUCUUUUGA